AGUCGAGUCGAACUCCUAACCCACUAGGAAUACUCGCCAUUUGAAGCCAGCCCAAGCUAACGUGGUCCGCAAGUUACUCGUACUACCCGAAACAACUAAGCCUCCCCAGCCCAAUAAAAACCAGCCUGUUCCCAGCCCACGUUGAUCUGGCAAAUAGGCCCACUACACCCGGUGCCUUUACACGCUUCCCGCCCUGCUCCACUCACGCCGCUUCGCGUAAUCGCGUCUCGCCCCAGCCUCCACUCCCCCGUGGCUCCGUUCUAUUCGAUUCCCUCCGCUUCCGCCCUUCCACCCUUCCGCCACCCCACCCCCUCCCCGCGGCGGCCGCCAAACCCUAGAACCUUCUAGACCCAUCCCGCGAUCCCUGGCGGGCUAGGGCGCCGCCUCCCGACCCAUCCCGCGGCGAUGCCGCUGUUCAUGUCCGACGAGGAGCUCCGGCUCCUCGGCGGCGACACGGCCGCCGUUGCCGAGCGAGCCGACGCGGCCGUCCGCGAGCUCCGGCGCCAGGUGGACACCGUCCGCGCCGAGGCUGACGCCGCCGCGAUCGCGGCCGAGCAGACCUGCGCCCUCCUCGAGCAGCGGUACGCCUCCCUCUCCGCCGAGUUCGAUCGCUCCCAGGCCGAGGCCGCCGAGCUCGCCUCCGCCGCCGAGCGACGCGCCGCCGAGCUUGCCUCCUCCCAGGCGGAGAUACACCAGCUACGCAUCCAAGCGAUUGCCAAGGACGGUGAGGUGGGGAGGUUGAAAGUGGAAAUCUCAGAGCUGCACAAGUCCAAGUCUCAGUCGCUGGAGUUGAUUGAGCAGAGGGAUGCAGAGAUUAAAGAGAAGGAUGGAAUCAUCCAGAGCUACUACGAUAAGAUAGUAAAUCUAGCUGACACUUCUUGUGGCAAAGAGGCUCGGAUACAAGAGAUUGAAGCUAAGUUAACCCAUAGUCAGGCAACAUGUAAUCGCAUUACUCAGGAGAAGGAGCUGCUCGAAAAGCAUAAUCUCUGGCUCGAUGAAGAACUGAAAACAAAAGCUAAGAACUUAGCUGAAUUAAGGAAAACAAAUAUGGACGAGGAGGCUAGGAUGUCAGCAAAGAUUGCAGAGCUUGAAAGAGAGAUUUCUGGAUCUUCUAGUUCCUUAAGACGAAGCAAAGAACGGGUUUCUGAACUGGAGCAAAGGGUAUCCCAUAUGGAAAAGGAGUUGUGCUCAACAAAGGACGCUGCAGCUGCUAAUGAACAACGUCUUGGUGCUGAGCUUUCAACUGUCAUGAAACUUGCUGAACUUCACAAAGAAAGUUCUGAGGAAUGGUCAAAAAAGGCUGGGGAACUUGAAGGUGUUAUUAAAGCAUUGGAGACACAUUUGACCCAAGUAGAAGAUGAAUACAAGGAAAAGCUUGAGAAAGAGACCUUAUCCAGGAGAGACAUUGAAAAGGAAGCUGCCGGCUUGAAGCAGAAGCUUGAAAAGUGUGAAUUUGAUCUGGAGAAUACAAGAAAGUCCAGUGAAUUGAGCCUUAUUCCAUUGACCAGUGCUGCAGCAGACUCUGCUUAUUUAGUAGACACAACAAUGCACCGACUGCCCAUUUCUGAUGCUGUGAACCAGAAUGACCUAAUGAUCGUUCCAAAAGUACCUAGUGGUGUUUCUGGAACAGCGUUAGCUGCUUCUCUUCUUCGUGAUGGUUGGAAUCUUGCUAAAAUCUAUGAGAAAUACCAAGAAGCUACUGAUGCUUUACGUCAUGAGAGGUGGGGAAGGAGACAUGCGGAAGCAGUUCUGGAAAGGGUCAUGCAUGAAAUCGAAGAGAAGGCUGAAUUUAUCUUAGACGAACGAGCUGAGCAUGAGAGAGUGGUUGAAGCUUAUGCUCUAAUGGACCAGAAAUUGCAGCAAGCAUUGCUUGAGCACGAUAAUUUUGAAAACACUAUCAGGAAUCUAAAGUCAGAGCUGAAAAGGUGGGAACGAGAUCAUAGUGUUGCACAGACGGAAAUAGAUGACCUGCAGAAACAAGUUGCUGUUCUUUUGAAGGAAUGUCAAGAUAUACAGCUUCGUUGUGGUUCUAGCCUUCCAAAUGUAAGCCAUGGUGCUCUUUCUGCGAGCAUAAGCAAUGGUUUGUUUGAUGUUGAAAACAAUCUCCAGGAUAAUAUGGCUUUUAAGGACAUCAGGGGUUUAGUUGAACAAAAUGUUCAACUUCGAAAUCAAAUUCACAUGCUCUCGGCUGAUCUUGACAAAAAGGACAUGGAACUCAGGGACACCUUCCAAAUCGAGCUGAAGAAAAAUAUUGAUGCUGCUGCAUCCAGAGUUGAAAAAGUGAUGAAGAAAUCUGAAGAACAAGCAAUAAUGAUUGAAUCUCUUCAUCGAUCUGUUGCGAUGUAUAGGAAGUUGUGUGAGGAACAACAGAAGACUCAUUCAAAUGUUGAAUCAGUAUCCAAGAAUUUGCAAGAUAAUGGCAGAGCGGAUGUGAUGGUUCUAUUUGAAGGAUCACAGGAAGUCUCGAAGAAAGCUUAUGAACAAGUUUCUGAGCGAGCCAGGAGCCUCGACGAAGAACUGGCUAAGUUGAGAACCGAGCUUGUGUCGCUGCGGUCUGAGCGUGAUAAGGCGGUUCUUGAAGCUGAUUUUGCUCGGGACCGGCUUAACGGAUUUACAGCGGAGCUUGAAUAUCAGAGGAAGGAAGCUAAUUCUGUUUCGCUCAGAAAUGCGGAGUUGAUGCAUUUGAUAGUUGAUUACGAACGAAGACUACGUGAAGAUUCAGAUUCUAAGCAAACUUUAGAGGAAAACUCAAGGCAGCUGUCGAUGGAGGUGUCCAUUUUGAAGCAUGAAAAGGAGAUUCUAGUAAAGUCAGAGGAAAGAGCUUUGGAUGAAGUCCAUGAUUUGACUGAGAGAGUGCAUCAUCUGCAGGCUACAAUCGACACAAUACAUACCAUGAAGGAGGUUCAAGAGAAUGCAAGGGCUAUAGAAAGGAGAGAUCAUGAGGAGCACAUCAAGCGAUUAGAAAGAGAUUGGGCUGAGCUUAGAAAGGAGCUUCAAGAGCAACGGGACCACGUUCGUGUUCUGACGCUUGAUAAGAAAAAUGCAUUUGAUGGCUGCAUGAAGGACGUGGAGGAUAUGAGAAAGGAGCUACAGAACUCAUGGAAAGCUGCUUUUGAUGCUGAAUCAAGGGCUGCCAUCGCCGAGUCCAAGCGUUCUGAUUUGGAGGCGAAGCUCAAAUCAAGAAAGGUCAUGUUUAGGGAUGGUGGUGGUGACAUCUCUGCCACAACUGAGGAGAUUGAUGAGCUAUUCCGGUUGAAAGAGGAGUUGGAAAAAUACAAAGAGGAAGCACAAGCAAAUAAGAACUACAUGGUUCAGUACAAAGAAAUUGCACGCUCAAAUGAAGUCACGCUGAAGCAAUUGGAAUCUGCCCAUAUGGAUUACAAGGCCGAGUCUGAGGUUUGCAAGAAAUCCUUGAAAGAUGAAAUUGCAAUGUUGAGGGAUAAGCUGUCUGAAAUGGAGAAGAGCUAUGUAAUGAAGUGUCAAGAAGCUUCCAAUGCGAUUGAAGCUAAAGAGAAGCAUAUAACUUCUCUCAUGAAUGAUAUUUCAGUUCUAAGAACUGAAGUUUCUCAGAGAGUAUCACAGGUAGAAAAUUUAGGAAUUGAAUUGGCUUCCUCAAAGAGUGCUCUUGAUGACCAGUAUAAGCGUUGGCGCACCACUCAAGACAAUUAUGAACGACAGGUUAUCCUGCAAUCUGAGACAAUUCAAGAGCUGGCAAAUACUUCUAAGCAUCUAUCUUCAUUGCAGCAGGAAAUCACUAUGCUCCAUCAAACAGCAGAUGAACAAAAGGCUGAAAACGAUGCUCUAAGAACAUUUGGAGAGCAAGAAAAGAUAGGAUUAUUGAAAGAAAAAGAUGAGGCCCUGCGGAAGUAUAAUGAGCUAAACAAUCAGAAUAGAAUUCUACACAAUCAACUUGAAGCUUUGCACAUUCGAUUAGCUGAGAAGGAACGGAGCAUUGCUGGGCUUUCAUCGCAACAUACUGACUCACAUGCAGAAGAUGAUUUACACAGUGUCAUCAGCUACUUGCGCAGAUCGAAAGAAAUAGCAGAAACGGAGAUAUCAUUGAUUAAACAGGAGAAGUCAAGGCUUCAGAUAGAACUGGAAAGUGCAUUGAAGUCCGCCAAGGAGGCGCAGGUCUUGCUGCGCAGUCAGACUGAUAGUGCAAGAACCUUAAUGUUCAAGGAUGAAGAAUUCAAGUCACUGCAGCUCCAGGUGAGAGAAAUUAAUUUGCUUCGUGAAAGCAAUAUACAGCUUAGAGAGGAGAAUAGGCACAAUUUUGAAGAAUGCCAGAAGUUCCGCGAUGGAGCUCAAAAGGCUAAAAUUGAGUCUGAAAGGUUGCAUAAUCUUUUACUGGAGAAGCAGGUAGAUAAUGAAAUAUGCCAUAAAGAACUAGAAAUGCACGAGACGGAAAUAGCAAAUCUCAACCAAAGGGUUUCUGAGUUGGUUGAAAAUAGUAAAGGCAUUGAUUUGAACACAUAUGAGACCAUGAAGGAAGAGCUUCAAAAUAUCAAAUCAACCUUGAGAGAGAAUUCAGCUGAGCUUGAAAGUGCAAGAAAUCUUCUUUCUGAGAAAGAAAUUAUCAUAAGAAAUUUGGAGGAGAAGCUUGUUGCAAGCCAGUCUGAAUUGGAUUCCAGGGAAAAGAAGCUGAAUGAUGUAGAGGCUUCCCUGAAAUCUGAAAUGGACAAGAUAAAGAAGGUUAAUUUAUCCAUUAAGAGGAAGGUUGAGGUCUUGAUGAAGGAGAAGGCGGAGGUUGUCAAAGAAAAUCAAAGCCUUUUGAAGCAGAUGGAAGAUCUUAAAUCAACAGGUCAGAAGACAGCAUCGGAAACUACACUUGAACAAGCUGUAAAAGAAAAGGAUUUCAGAAUACAGACAUUGGAAAGAACAUUGGAGAAGGAGAGAGACGAUAAUAAGAAAGAAAAAGAAAACCGCAAAAGGGCUGAGAAGAUAUUUGCAACAGCCGUUCAAAAUGUGAGACAGGACAAGAAACAGGUAGAAGAAUCUAUGGAGAAGCAUAGGCUGGCUAUGAAAGAGGUUAUUGAGCAUUAUCCUGGACUAUCAUCUCAAAUACCACCUGUGUCUGCACUGGAAGAGCAUUUUAUUGCAUACUUCCGCAGAACUAAAGAUAUGGAGGAGUCUUCCUUCCAAGAUGGUGCCACGACUCAGGCCCCUGUUGUUGAAACUGCCACUGUGGAUGCACCUGCAGCUGCUACAGGGCGACUGGUAGACACUCCACCAAGGCCUGCUAAAGUUAAAAUGACAGAAGAGAGAGCAGUUGCUACUUUGCCCAAACAAAGUGCUGAAUUACGUAGACCAGGAGGAAGAAGGCCCCUUGUUCGACCUACUCUUGAGCAUACUGAAGAACCACAAGCUGAUGUGGAUUCAUCAGCUUUUGAGGGUUCCACAGUUGGUCAGGACAAAGGUGGCUCGUUGCUAGAGCGUGAAACUUCCAGUGGUGUACCCGUGUUACAGCCCUCAAGUCGUAAACGUCUUAUUUCAUCGUCACAGAUGAUAGACAGUACUUCACAAGGUGAUGCUAAUGAUGCUAAUCCUCCAUUAAAGAAGCCCAAGGAAGUAGAAUCUUCACAGGGGACUACUGAGCUCAAAAAUGGACAACCACCUGUUGGGGAUGCUGUAGCAGCACAGGUUGGUGUGCUUCUGUCAACUGACGACCAAGAUGGUCAACAACCCACAGAAGAGAUGGACACUGAUCAGGCUUCUGUGCCAAUCGAAGAGGUUGAGGCAACAAGGGAGGAUGAUGUGGGUAAUAAAGAUGACACGGGAGCUCAUGUGGAUGCAUCAAUGGACAUCAAAGGCCGGGAUACUGAUUUUAGUAUUGACAUCAAUGCACCUGCUGUAGAGGAUACGUCGGCCAAGGCAGAUGCAGUAGUGGAACCAUUUGAUGAAGACCAGAAAAUUGAAGAUUUGAAGGAAGAGACUCAGCUUCCUACUGCAACCGAUGUUGAAGAUGAGAUGGAAGAGGGAGAGUUGCCGGAGGAACCUGAACAACCUCUAGACGGUACUGCACUGGGAGAAGCUCAUAGGGGACCUACUCCUUCGGAUGCUGGUGAGCAAGAUGGUAACGAUUUCAGAGCGGCAUCUCCAGGAGGACUAACAGAAAAGAGUGAUGUUGAAAUGUUAGAGAUAGGUGAUACUACUGCCGAACCAGACCGAAGCUCGAUAGCACAAUUAGGAGGAACAGAUGCCUCACCAAGCAGAACCGCAGAUGUAUCCCCGGCACGUGAACGUUCCCCUAAUCCAGUCCAAGUUGGUGUAUCUUCUGAACAGCGGAGUACAAGUACUAUAACAGAGGGACGUGAACCUUCUCCUAAUCCAGCCCAAGCCAGUGCAUCUUCUGAACGGAAUACCAGUAAUGUAACAGAGGGUGCCGAAACUCGUUCCAGAACUAUCAACUUAAGUGAGAGAGCCAUGAAAAAUAGGCAAGCCAGGAUUCUUCGCUCUCAACAGCCUGCCAGGGGUCGUGGCCAACAAUCUCCUGCCCAUAGGAAAGAUGCUGCUGGCCGAGGAUCACGGGGGCGUGGCGGGCGUGGUCAGACCUAGUGAAGGGUCGCCUUUACUCGAGCGCAGAUAUAAUUUUGCCACGGACAUGCUGAAAUCAUCUUGUAUUGAUGUGGCUAUUCUUUUUUGUGCACCGACAAUCAUACGAACAUAUAUGCUGCCAGAUUGUUCUGCAAAUUUUAUGUGGCUGAGUCUUUUUAACAUCGCAUGUGGAUCGCUGAAUGACCCCAAUUAUUUCAUUGUAGUUUCACAUGUUUUCUUAUCGAA